AUGGCAACUAAUUCUGAUCCAAGAUUAUUAUUACCGGAUUACUCAAUAUUAUCGGAUAGCAAGUUUACACAAAUGUUAUUAACAUCAACGUCGAAUACUAUUAAUCAAGAUGCACUUAUUGAAUUAUUGAGUCAAAGAGAAAUAUUAAUAUUUAUUCGUCAACUUACACAAUUGGUCAAUAAAUUAAAUUAUUCUCAAUUACAAUAUGAACAAUGGUCUUACUAUUAUAAUCUUGGCAUGACUGAAAGUAUUUGGAGUGGCCGAGUAUCGAAAAAAAUGGCCGAAGCUAAUUCAUUGUGUUACACAUAUGGUCGAUCGAAAAAAUUAAUCAAACAACGUCGUGAGAAAUAUAAAGUGCAAUGUGAUAAAAACCAAGAGGCUAUUAAUGAAUAUAUCAAACAAACACCUGUCAUUAUUGAUAUACAAAAUAUUACAACUAUGGUAAAUAAUUUAAUCAAUAAAGAUCAAUAUGAAUUACCACUUGAACUUGAGAGAAGAAAAACAAUGCUUCGGUUAGAUGCUGAAGAACACAAACUCGUUGAACACUUUUACCAAUUGAAGCCAAGACAAACCGAAAUCAGUUCAGCAAAAAUUAUAUGGAAAGCUAUACAUGAACAACAAAACGUAAUACAUGAAAUUGCUAUAUUCAAAAAAUGGCUUGAAGUUCAUACACAAGCAUCAUCAUUCAGUCUUCAACAUAUACAAUUACCAAAUAUAUAUCACAUCUUCACAUCACCAUGCUUUUAA